AUGUUAUUGAUAGCUGCUUUCAGCUACCCUUCUGCUUCAGCCUCAUCCAGCCAACUUUCUCGAAGAAAUGCCUUAAACUCAUGGAGCUCUGUCCAAGCAAGACACCUCGCUCCGGCAUACCCUCACAGUGGUCUUCGAAAACGCCAGCCAGGUGGACUACUGCGGAAAGAAGCAAACCUUGAUUUUGUUGAUCAUGCUGCCCAUCUUUCCGCACGCUCAAACGAACCCGUCCUUGUCACCAACCUAGAUCUGAGAAGCAAAUAUCCGACUCUCUCGCUGGAAGAUCUGGAAGAUGGCCUCAUUGAUGUUACCUGCUUUGAGUCAGGAAUCAAAUUGACCUUUAGCUCACCGGAAUACAUGGAGGGGGUCAAAAGAGAAUUAGCCGGUACUACAGAGUUCGUCGCCAUCUCUUCACACUGGGGCUGUAACGAAGACGAAGAGCGGGCACCACAUAUGGUUACCAACGUGACAGUUGAUAAAGAGGAAAAUAGCAUCACCCUCUCACGAAAGGAUGUUCAGUGGAAGGAAGCAUUUCACACUAUCAAUGUUUCUUUCUCUCAUAAGAGAAGCAACAGCGUUGUCAGGCGCAGCCAAAGACCUGCAAACCCCAUCAGGCGUAGAAGUAGGACGCCCGGCACUUCCUCCUCUUCAACCCCCACAGUUCCAGAAACGGUUUUUCCUCCUGUCCCUACGUCAGAAGCUAGAUUUAACAAUGGUUCGGCGAAGAUUGAUGUUAGCCAUAAAAAUAAGCAGCUAGUACCUCCAGAGUUACCUGGAGUCAGCCUUCUUGGACUACCUGAAGGAAUCACCCUGUCUUGUAAGGAAUGCAGCAUCAAUGGAGCUCUAGAACUUUCAGCGGGCUCGUUUUCUAUGGGGGAUGAUGAGGAUGACUCGGGCCUAUUGUCCGCACUUGCAUUCAUCAAUGAAGGGAAGGUAGAAAUAGAACUUAGCAGUCUGUUCGCUCGUGUGGAACUUGAACUUGCUCUCGAAGCAGGCCAGGAGCUACUUAAUUUCACUGUCCCUAUGCCUUCAGUACCUCUUAGCCCCUUUGCGAUCCCUGGUGUGGUUCUAUUUGGAGCUAUAUUCACUCCCCAGGUAUCGGUAGCGGUUACUCUGAGCAACCCUGUCCCAGAAGACUCAGGCUUCUCCCUCAACUUUGGAGAUCUUUCAAAUUCGACGAUUAAAGGGCUCGAAUAUACCACAUUCACAGAGAUCCCUUUCCAGUCCUCCAAAGGUGUCACGGACCUGACAUUCUCCGUCAGUUUCUCACCCGAGAUCCUCUUCGGGGUCGAGUCUCCUACCGGGAUCAUCAAAGGUGGCGCCGGUGUGACCUUCAACGUCCCACAAGCAUCGGUAAAAGUCAGCCAACUCCACGGAGUUGACGAAAGGUGUGAAAAGGUCACAAAACCUCCCGAAAUCGAAAACGACACGGAUAAACACGACUUUGUUGACAUACUUAUUGGCGAUUUCGUCAAUAUCGAACCGAGUUUUGGCUUCGAGGUCGUUCCGUUUGUCGAAUUGCAACUCAAGCUACCCCGUAACGAAGCUCUCCAUUACCAGAAGCUCACAGCCACGUCCACAGAAUUCAGUCUACCGACAGCUUGUUUGGCCUUUGAUGAGAAAGUGAGUACGUAUGGUGCCCCCACCCAGGUUCUGGCGACCUCGACGGCGGAACCAACGGCAACGGCUUCUGAAACGAAGAAAGCUGCUGCCGGUCGAGUCAGUAUGGCGAAUGUAUGGACACUGCUAUGUCUAUCCGUCCUAGCAGCCGCCAUGUUCAAUGCUUGCUAA